AUGACCUCCUCCACAAUAGAAGCUCCACCGAUGCAAGCCAUGAACUCCGAGGUCAAUGAAGAAAAGAAGAAGGCAGUGAAUUUUUACCCCUCAUGUUGUACAAACUGCGAUUGCACCUCGUCUAAAGAACGUUGCACUAAAGACGGACGUGCUGUUGAAUCUAAGAAAACUCACUGGACGGAUUGUUUACUCUUCCCGUGUGAAAUUUGUUUUUGUUUUUGUGUUUAA